AUGCUCAGCUUUGUCGACUUGCUAGCUUGGAUUUCGUUGGCAUGGUACGCCAUCAUGGUCCUCAUGGCCAUCUCAGGCUCAAUCAUCGCUUUUCGCAAGUACCGACAGCCACCACCACCACCCCCAUUCCCGAUCUCUUCCUCACCCCUAUCACAGAUCACACCGAACUCGAACCCGAUCCGGCCUAACUCGAAGACCCAAAACCUGCUCAUCCCAUCCGUCUCCAUCCUCCGUCCACUCUGCGGUUUAGAUUACGGACUCCGGGAGAACCUCGAAAGCGGCUUCCUCCAACAAUGGCCCCUCGAUCGCUUCGAGAUCAUCUUCUGUGUCGCUCACCCUGACGAUCCUGCUCGCAAAGUCGCCCAAGAACUCAUCUCUAAAUAUCCCGCCGUACGCGCUCGGCUGUUAAUCGGUGAAGAACGGGUUGGUGUUAACCCAAAGAUCAAUAAUCUCAUGGAGGCCUACCGGACGGCGGAGGCCGAUCUCCUAUGGAUCCUGGACUCGAAUGCACGGGUUCAUCCGACGACGCUAGCACGGGCGGUUUCAGUCUUGUGUCCGCCUAGCGGGCCGACCCGCAGCCGUGGCCGGACGCGGAUCGGCCUGGUACAUCAUGUGCCAACUGCCGUGCUUCCCCAGCCGAGAGGGAGACAGAAGUCACAGAGGGGCUUGGGCUGUCUGCUCGAGGGCUGCUUCUUGAACGGAAACCAUGCCCGACAGUACCUCAGCUUGAACGCGCUCGGCGUCGCAUCCUGUCUGAUGGGCAAAUCCAACCUCUUCUAUCGCUCCGACUUGGAACAAGCCACCCGGCGUUUUCUCGCCCGCAACCGGGGAGAACACCGGCCGAACAACCCAAGCAGCUCUGGCCGGGACGAGUCGGACGAACAGGCCAGUCUGCUUGGUAGCAGUAGUAAUAGUAGCAACAGGAACCAACACUCUUCCUUCGACGCUCUGGAGCUCUUCGGUCAGUACUUGGCCGAAGAUAAUAUGAUCGGCCAGACUCUCUGGGACGAUGGGAUCAGACAUGCUAUGACGAUCGAUAUCGUCGGUAACGUCGUCGGUCCCCUCUCCAUUAAGGACUAUUUCUCUCGUCGGAUCAGAUGGAUUCGUGCGCGGAAAUACAUGUCAAUAGGCUGCACGUUAGUAGAGCCGUUUACCGAGUCAAUUCUGCUGGGGAUCGUGAUGACGCUAGCCGUAGAAAGAUUGGGUCUGGCGAACGGGAUGUCGAAGAAGGUGGUGAUGAUGAUCCACGAAGUGGUUUAUUUCAUGCUAGAUUAUUGUGUCUAUCGCUCGCUCCUACACUCGCCAUUACUGAGCAGCACGCCCCAAGGCUCGUCUAGUGCUGGCGCGAUCUAUACCCGUCAGCCGACGAAGCCUUCGACGUCUACCGGUUCCUCCUCAACUCUGAUUCCCUCAUCUUCUGAUGGCGGGGAAGAGCUGAUCCAAAUCAAGCUGAACUUUUUCGAGUUCUUGAUUGGAUGGACCUUGCGAGAAUGUUCGGCCCUCUCGAUCUGGCUAGUCGCAAUGUCUUCAAACAAAGUUCAGUGGCGGAAGUCUGGGAAGGUCUUGAAAGUCCUCCGGAACGCCCGCGUCGCCGAAUCCAAUUAA